GAAACUUCGUUAGAUUCUAUAAAAACCCAUUGCUGUGUCUGAAGAAAUAGUAGUUAAACAACUGUUAGUCGUGUGAGCAGUUAAUAUUAACAAUGAAAAUCGCUUUAGUACUCUUGGCCGUCGUUGGUCUGGCGUCAGCCACACAAGUCGCUGAUACUUAUGCCUCCCGUUCCAUCUCCAGCGUAGCUAUCGAUGCUAUCGAGAACCUCCGUGAUGAGAUGCCUUGCGGUUUCCCCGCACUUGGCAUUCCCCCACUCGCUCCAUUGAAGAUCCCACACAAGGAAGUCAACAUCGACACCGAAGCCUUGCAAUUACAGGGUGUUGUUGACAACUUCCGCUUGAACGGUCUGAACGAUUUCGAUAUUGAUGAGAUGAAGAUCAAUGCGAUCACCAGCAAAGUGAACUUCCGUUUCAUUUUCCGCAAUGUGAAUGUCGACACACAAUACGAUUUGCGUUUGCUAUUGAAGAAAGCCGGUUUCACCAUCAACAUGGUCGGCAGUGGUCCAGCUAAAUUCGCUAUUAAGAAUAUGGAUAUCAAGGGUGUACUCAAGUAUUCAUUGGGUAUUGUGAGCGGUAAAUUGAAGUUGAAGACCUUGAACAUUCGUACACACAUCGGUGAGGUCGAGUCCGACAUUGAGGGUAUCAUGGGUGAGGGUGGCAUCAACGAAAAGAUGAACGAAGCUCUGGCUGAAAUUGUCGAGGUUGCUGUCAAUGAGAAUGAGGAUAUGAUUGCCGAGACCAUCGAAUCACUUGCUGUACCAAUGGUUAACGACGCCUUGGCCGAUAUGACUUUGGGCGAUAUGAUUGGUGCCGUGGGUGGCGGUGGUGAUGACGGCGAAAAGGAGAAAUGUAUACCACCCACAGAUUAAACGAUGUGAAACAUAUCUUUCGUGAUUGAAAUAAAUUGUCUUAUUUAGAAUAAAA